AUGUUAUCGGAGGAAGAGCGGGCGACACUUCUCCGGUACUACUCAACGGUGAAGCUCAAUGAGACUCAGCUGGACCAGCUUGCCCAGGCGUACUGGGCGGCACCGCGUGAAGAGCGAGGGGAGAUUGCCAAGGUGUACGCCCACACCUUCGUCGACCCCACGUUUGUGCAACGACUCAUCUUCUUCCAUGACUACCACAUGUCCCUGACGGCAGCCGGUGCAGACCUGUCGUCGCCAGGGGUAGCCGCAGGAACCGGCUCCUCCUUCGCGGGUCAGCAGAGCGGCAGUGAGAGCGGCAAUUCUCCUCUCAUGGCGAGCCCCACGUCGUCUUUCAUGGCCGGGAGUUCAACGACGGCAGCAAACCACGCGCCACGCCGCACGCACGCUCAGCGCCUGCUCCGCUCCACCAUUCAAGAGCACUUCCCCAAGCUUACCGGUCCUGGACCGUACCCGCUGCAGUUCGGAUGUGUGCAGUCGGAGAAGGAACGCGAAGAGGUGAUUGAGUUGUACUCUUCGCAGUUUCUGCACCCCGACCCACCCGAGCUGCACCGCAUCGUCACACUGCCGAGCAACUUCUCCACCCGCACUCGAAAGCGAAUCAGUGGCUCCUAUUCGUGGUACCUGCGCUGCCUUGCAACGCAGGAGCUCGUCUGCGCCGUCACUGUGACGGUGCAUCAGCAGGAAACAAUACGGUUUGCCGAGAUGCCGCUGUUUGCAACGGGUGUUGGGUACAAGAAGAACGGCUUUGGGCGGCUGCUGAACGCGGCGCUGUUGGCUUGGUGCGCGGAGGUGGGGCUGGAGUUCAUCAUGAUUUCUGCUGACGUGCAGGCGAUUCCGUUCUGGAGCCAUUUGGGCUAUCGUGCCAUGACGCGUGGAGAGAAGAACCGAAUCGACUUCUUUUACCAGCAUGACUGCUGCAAGUUCAAGGAUGCGGAGACGAUGAUCGGGUACUGCAACGCCAAUCGGGGAAACGGCAGCCUCUCUGGUGGCGCACGUCGUCCCGCUCCCCACAACGGCGGCUCAGCGGAAGUGCUGCAUAAGAGCGUCAGGCAGGUUUUGGCGAAACUCCCUCGCUUUGUUUUGGAAGGCCCCGCCAAGUUACCGACUGAUUAG